ACUCAGGGAAGAGCGCAUCCCCCUAGGCAGCAUGAGGCUCAGUGCGGCUGCUCUGCUUCUCACAGUGCUGAUCAGCAGCUUCUCUCCAGGCCAUGGGGUUUUGGAGGCUUACAAUACAAACCUGAAAUGUAGAUGUAUGGGAGAAACCUCAAGCCUCGUCCGAAUAAACCGAUUUGAUCGACUGCAAGUUAGAGCCCCUGGGCACGGUUGCCCAAACACAGAAAUCAUGGUCCAGAGGAAGAAUAAGUCAGUUGUAUGCUUGAAUCCUGCAGCCAACUGGGUGCAGAAAUUAAUCACAGUUUUACAGAAAAGAAACCUGCUUUCAACUGCACCUGCUCCAGUGAUGAAAAGGGCCGCCUGAUGCCAAUAUGGCCCCUAGAAACACCUGCUUUUGCCCCUUAUCCCUACUCUGGAUUUUAGAUUUGUUCUUGGUUGAAUUUUUUUUCCAAGAAAAAUAACUUCCUUAUAUAAACAAGCAUGAGGCUCUCUGUAAAAGUAACCUUGCCCAAUCUGAUGGGACAGAGUCGAGCUCUCUCCCAUGCAGACCCCCAGGUACUUGGAGUUCCCAUUCUUAUUCGUGGAGGAAAGGUUCUCUGGGGAGAGUUUAGUUAUAAAUUACAGCAGAUUUGUUGAUAGUAUACCUGUUGUUUAAUGCUAAACUGCCCUAAAAGAUAAGAGAGUGGGAAUUUAAACCUCAAAUAUGAAUAUGUAAUUUGAAUUAAAAAAUUAUGGAAGGUAUUUUCAAUCAUUUUCUGCUUUAACAAAAGCAUAUUUUCUUGGGAAACUUGAAAAACUGCAUGGGAAACAAAUGGAGUUUCAGUCUGACAAGGUCCAGAAGGCUCCACAUAGUGGAUAUAAAAACCACUUUUGAGGGGAUUGGAGUCCUCCUUCUUUUAAAGAGUUCCUUUGUAAGAUGUAUUGUCUAAGAUCAAAACAAAAAACAUUGAAAGAUCCUCAAAUUUAAAAUUCUAGAAUAUGCAGGAAAAGCAUUUGAAGGGUGAUAUUCAGCUCUAUUCUUUUACACGCUUGUCUUGAUGGACUUUUUAAAUCACAUAUUUUGCACAGACAAAAUACUAAUCCCUGGUAUCAAAUUUUUAAGUGUUUCCUAUGCAUCUCAUGGCAGUUAACAAACUUGAGCAAACAUUUUACUUCAUUAUGAACAAUUCAUUCCUAAUAAAACAUUUACUCACGAUAUUCUGUGGGUCUUCAUAAUGAAAAGAAAGGUUUGAGCGUGUUGAUUUUGUCUUUGCAUAUCAUGGGCUUCUACAGAUCUAAAACUGCACCAGAGGUGGGGGGAGUUCCUCUGUAGGAAAUGCUUGCUAUGGGAACCUCUUUCAGACUCGAAACUCUCACUCCAACCCAUUCUUGCUGUCUCUAUAUUGAUUCUUCAAGUCUCCAAUGUUUUAUUUGACAAAGGUUUGCAAUGAAUUUGACAAGCAGCAGCAGAAGACA